AUGUCAAGCUCGUCCGCUACCCAAACUACCACGAGUGUGGAUACAUUUUCCUCAUCUUCAUUGUCAUCUGCUGUUGUCACCUCUCCCCCCACAAACGUUACCUCGAACUCCCAGACAGCUGCAGAUAAAACCACGACCACGACCACCCCUUCGUCUGUAUUCGAUACAGAAUCCACUCUCUCAACUUUACCCCUUCCCUCUUCAAUAUCAACCACUAAUGAUGACGGUUCUACUUCCUCGGCUUCUUCUACAGACACGACUGCUGCAUCCAUUACAACCUCUGUAACUUCCGAUACUUCUCCACAAGCCCCUCCUACUCUCACGUCCGUUGACACCACUUCAGUGGAUACCUUCACAACUACGUCCAUCACUUCUCAGUCAAUAGCCACGGAUCCUACGUCAGUCGAAUCGCAAACCACGGGUGGUGCAACACCAGCCACCACUGACACUAGUCUUAUAUCAGGUGAAUCGCAGACUACCACAGGUGUUGCGGGAACGGAACCUACUACUGCUGCCACCAGUCCCACAACCGUGGUUGACACCACCUCAGAAACGUUUACCACUGUCACGAGUACAGGUGACACAACCACGACUGUAACCGAUACCAUCUCCGAAACAUCUACUACUGUAUCUGAGCAAGCAACCACCACGAGUACCGAUGGCACUACCACCGAUACCGAUACACGUUCAAAUACUGGGGCGAAAAGCGAGUCCCAAUCCAUCUCCACGAUACAUACCGUCACUGAGACAGAAUCAGGCUCUGUCUUUGACACGCAGAUAGUACCGGAAACUAGCACUCACGCUACCUCAGCUAUGCCUCUCCAAAUGGUUUCUUCGACCCGUAUCGCAGUUGGCUUUACGUUGAAGGGCAUAUCUACCACUCCUCCAAGUGUUACUGAGACUCUGUCGACGUCGACCGAAACAUUGACUAAUGUUAAUACCUCCGAUCUGGGCAUCCUCACUCAAAAUACCGUGCAUGUAGCAGAAGCACUCACUCUUUCUUCCGUCGAAUUCAAGACGUUUGUCACCACGGAGUUUGCAACCUCCACACUCUCCGAUGGGAAAAUAACCAUCGUUCCCACUUUAACAAAAACUAUGACUGGAACCGUAAAGCCUACCUACACCCUUCAGCCGGACGAGUUUGAGCGAAAAAAAGGACCUGUUAUCGGCGGCAUUGUCGCUGCCUGUCUUCUAGCGGUUAUGGGAGCCUCCAUCGGCAUCUGGCUUUGUAGAAGGAGACGAGGACGCGUAAAUGCGGGAAGACGAGCCGAUUCGAUUGGGUUUUGGGACGCUACUAGCGGCCGUGUACUUAUUCCGGGCCAUCCCUCCCUUACUGGUGACCGCUCACCCAACAGUCAAGAGUGGAGGCCCCCUCUGAUCGAGGAAGUUGGCGAUGACGAGGGAGAGCUCAACGCGAGGGCAAGGGGGAACAUCAUGUCAGAGAGAACCAGUGGUACUGGGAGCAUUUUACCUGUGUCAUACCAGGAUCGGCGGCCUACCACACCUCCCUUGGACUCAGUUGAAGUCCAUUCUUUGAUGAGUACAGGACAAGACGAUGACGGUACCUUAGAAUUCGAUCCAAGUCUCCUCUCCUCCGACGGCGGAACUCACCCACCAAAUGUCAACAACUGUUCCUCGGAUUUGUCGUUGAAAGGUGGCGUUCGGACUGCCUCUUUAAUAUCACUAUCAUCGGAACCAACACCGACGGCCAGCCGCUUAUCCCAUUCAAGUUCGAGGUCAGAACAGUCAAGAGGGACCAUCAGGUCCGUUAAUUCGCCGUUUGCAGACAGCAAUCAAGAAGCCGUCCGUAACUCGUAUUGGGGCACCACCAUGCGACCGGCGACGCCACAAUCGUCGUUGUCACCAGGUGAUACUACCGCUCCGAAGAGAAGUGAAACAGUCGGUUUACGUAUGAGCAGGAACGCGCAGAGCUCCAUCACGAGUUCUGAACGAGUGUGGAAAGAAAUCGAGAUUGAGGAUGAAACAACGAGAACUCCAGGACCCGUGGCCGUGCUUGCUAUUAACCCAUUCGAAACAAGGACAGCGCCAUCUCUCAUGUCCCAAGUAUCCCUCCUAAAUCCACCAACUCGACCUCGAUUCCGCACGACACUUACUGAAUUGAUUUACCAGUCUCGGCCUCCGACUCUUCCGAGUCCUACGAUACCUGCGGGUGCUUCACCAGCAUUGACUGAUGAUGACUCUUUCCAUCCUGAAGGGUUACUUGCUGAUCCUGCGUAUGUACAAAGUAGAUGUGAGGUGAAUGCCUCCCAGAUGAGCUUACAUAGUUUGUUGGAUCAUGUUGAUUAUUCUCGGCCGAUAGUCGAGAGUUCUAGACAGUCUUCGGCAUUCGAUGGUGAUAUUAUCUUUAGGAUGUCAGGAGCGACCGAUGCCAGCGCUGAGGGAGGGGUUAUAUCAAACUCAGCUGAAAAUCCGUUCCGAGAUCCAGUUCAAAACGACGAGGAUCUCUUGAAUGAUGUUUCUCCCGUGCUGAUUAUGCUUCAACGGGCCACGAAUGGUAAAACCUAG